AUGUUUUUGACGACUUGUAGUGGUGCACAACGCGACAGAGACGACAUCAUCCCAACUUCACGGUGCCCCAUACAGGCUUCCGUAGAAAAUAGUAGUUGUAGUAGUAGUAGUAGUAGUAAUAGUAAAAGUAGUUGUAGAAGUAGUGGUAAUAUUGGAAGUAGUAGUAGUAGUAGUAGUGGUAAUAUUGGUAGUAGUAGUACUAGUUUCAAUAUUGGUAGUAGUAGUAGAAGUAGUGGUAAUUUUGGUGGUAGAAGCAGUCGUAGUAGUUGUAGUAGUAGAAGUGGAAAUUUUGGUAGAAGUAGUAGUAGUAAUAGUAGCGGUAGUGGUAGUGAUAGCGGUAGCGGUAGAGGUAGUGGUAGUAAUAGUAGUCGUAGUAAAAAAGUAGUGGUAUUAAUGUAUAAGUAG